AUGCUUCGCUCACGAUUGGUGCCGCUGCUUUUCGUCGGAUGGCUCGGUUGCCUCUACGAGCAGGGCUACGCCGCACCUACGGAUGCUCAGAUCCCGUUCGAUGUCGAAGGGCCGACUACCGAGAGCCGCAGUUUACGCGGGCGAUUCCUGCACAUAACUGAUAUGCAUCCUGAUCCUUGGUAUCGACCGGGAAGCUCUACAUCCAAAGCUUGUCAUCGAAAGAAACCCAAGAAGCCGAAGCAGGAGGUUGGAUACUUUGGGACAGCAUACAGCGAUUGUGAUUCGCCGUUUGCGCUUACGAACUACACGAUGGAUUUCCUUGACAAGAACUGGGCGGACGAGAUAGACUUUGUAAUAUGGACCGGCGAUAGCGCUCGACACGAUAACGAUCAGAAGCACCCAAGAACAACGGAUGAGAUCUAUGACCUUAACCGCGCAGUUGCGGCGAAGAUGGAGAAGGUCUUUACUCGUAGAGGCAUACCGGUGGUACCCAGCCUGGGAAAUAAUGACGUUUGGCGUAAGCUUCUACGUCACGCUGACCUGUUGAUAGGUCCUAAUAGCAUAACCUACGAAUUUUCUACAAUAUGGAGGGCUUUCGUCCCAUUCUCAUCUUAUCAAGUCUUUCAAAGAGGCGGAUACUACUCGGUCGAGGUCAUCCCGAACUCUGUUGCUGUGAUAGCUCUCAACACCAUGUAUUUCUUCGAUUCUAACAAGGCGGUUGGGGGUUGUGAAUACAAGGAAAAGGAUGACCCCGGCAAUCUGCAGUUUGACUGGCUCGAGGUACAACUCGGCCGUUACAGAGAACGUAACAUGCAGGUUUGGAUCUCAGGGCAUGUCCCUCCCUCCUCGGGCAACUACUGGCCGGAAUGUUACGUGCGUUACGUCGAGCUAUCGCUGCGAUUCCAAGACACGAUACUGGGACAUCUGUAUGGGCACAUGAAUGCAGACCAUUUCUUCUUCUUGGAGGCUGGUGACCUCGACUUCUCGGCCGAUGCCGGCGCUUUGGCGACUCAGGGACCGCCUGACGCUACUUCACACUCGGAUCUGUUCGAGUCCUUGGUGGAGGACUUCGCACAGCUGCCCAAAGCGAAGAAACUGAACCAUGAUGAUUACGCGGUUGUCAACGUAGCGCCAGCAGUAGUCCCCAACCCCUAUCUGCCGUCUUUCCGAGUAUACUCUUAUAACAUCAGCACGACCUCAGAUUUGGACAGGUCCGAUGAACUGACAGCUGGAAAGCGCAGGCCGGGACAUCCCCGCGGGAAGAAGGGAGACAAGAAAACCCUUUGCAAGCGACCCGAGUAUUGGGAUACCUGGAGGUGCCAUCUAAACAAGGGAUUCAACUCGGAUUCAUCCGCUCCCUCGCGUACGAAUGGGUUAUGGACCCCGCUGGGCUAUGCGCAGUAUUAUCUGCCCGAAAAGCAGUUGAAGAAAGCAACUGCCAAUCGGCCUCCGAAGUGGAAGAUGGAGUACUUGACAUAUCCGGUCACCGCCCUUCAUCCCAAUGCAGAUGCAGGCGAAGGCGAUGCAGAUUUCAUCUACCCCGUGCCCGUCCGGCAUCUCCCCCGAUCGUUGCGGGACAAUACGACUGCCACGAAGUCGAAAUUCGCUCCGUAUAAGAUGGAGGACCUGACGAUACCGAGCUGGCUAAAGCUUGCGCGGCGGCUGGGUGCGCCGGAGGGGGAGAAGUUGCGCGCGCGGUUCAAGCGCUACAUGUUUCAGACGAGAUAA